UCCUUGCUUUACGGCCGGCCCGAGCGGUUUGCCGUAGGGAGACGGAGGUGCGGUGCAAGGCUUUUGGGCGCGGUUCGACUUGAACGCGACUCGCGUCCCGUGCCGGCCACUUGCAGGGCCCGCGUCAUGGAGUCAGAACAGCUGCUGGAGGGACAGACGCCGGUUUCAGAAAAUCCUCACUCCGAGUAUGGCCUCACAGAAAACGUCGAGCGAAUAGUGGAAAAUGAGAAGAUUAAUGCAGAAAAGUCAUCAAAACAGAAGGUGGACCUUCAAUCAUUGCCAACUCGUGCCUACUUGGAUCAGACUGUUGUACCUAUUUUAUUACAGGGACUUGCUGUGCUUGCAAAAGAAAGACCUCCAAAUCCCAUUGAAUUUCUAGCAUCGUAUCUUUUAAAAAACAAGUCACAAUUUGAGGAUCGAAACUAAUUUCGGGAAAAGAAUAAAAUAAUUUGGUUGUUACUGUAGAUAUAUAUAUGAUUAAGAGGCAAUUUAUAUUGCCAUGAUUCCUUUUUUUUUCUUUUGAAAGUAUAUGAAUCUUCAGGACCACAAAUCUUGUUUCAGUAACUCCAGAAGGGAACAUACUUCCCUUAUUCUUUAUUUAAUGAACAUACUUAUUUAAUGAGCAUAUUCUUUGUUUUUAUUUUUUUCACAUUGUCUUAAAAUCAACCUUCAGAAUAAAUUGCUAAAAAUUUGAUUAUUGGAAAGCAGUUUUUAUUGAGGAUAUUUGUGGUAUUCUUUGGGUUAUUACUUCAUAGGUAGUACUGAUCCUAUUUUUGAUCAUUUUUGCAUCAUAGUUUCCUUUUGGAUUCAUUUUAGAAUGUUGUAUUGAUUUACAACACAAUACAAAUAUAGCACAGAGAAAGGAUACUAUACAAGCCUGAGAAUUUUAAAUGGUAUGCAGUUUGUCAUUCCUACCUAACUGUCACUAUAUUGCCUUAAUCUGGCUAUCUCCAAAUAGUUACUUCAUAGCCAGUCCAAAAGUAGCAUUAUUCCUCAGUUGCUUCCUUAAGUAAUUACAUGGCACCCAAGGCUCUGAUGCAUUGGUGUAUUUGGCUUUUGGUGGAGAUUCUGAGGUAACCUACCAACCAGAGAGAGUUUAUGGAUAUUCUUUGGAGAAAAAGGUUUUAAGAUGGGAAAGGAAAAAAAUUACAAUAAAUUCCUUUUUUAAAAGAAAAUUACUGAGUUUUAUAUCUCCCAACUAAAAAAUUGAAAAGAGUUUGCAAAAUAAGAAAAUAAAAAGCAGAAAACGGCUUAACAAAACUAGAUCUACCAAAGGAUAGUAGUACUGAUAUACAUAUACCAAAUUUGUAUUUACAUGAGUAACAGAAAUUUUGAAAUACUGGUUUUUGUAAUUUCCACAAUUGUAUCAUGAUGUAAUAGGAAAUACACUGGAUUUGGAGUCAGAAUACUUGGGUUUUCUGCUUAUGAGGUCUAGGCUUUCAAUUACUUUAUCUUUUAAGAUGGAGAUAAUACUUAAGCACCUGACAAGAUCAUUAAUACAAAUGUAAGAACAUAUAUAACACUUUUGGAGACUUGAAAGUGCUUUACUACCUUAAGGUGCUAUUAUUUUCAAAUGGGUAAGAUUGUGAAUCCUUGAUUAUCUUUCCAUAUACGAUGCCCUGUGUAUAGGUACUUAAUAAAAUGUUUGAAGGAAUCCAAUACACCAA